GUGAAUAGAGGACUCUUAGAUCUCCGUGGAUGGAUAUUGAUUAAACUUUAAUGCUCGAUGACUUAUACGCUCACAUUGGUUUUGCAAUCAAAUCGCUCGUGAAGGCGAAUCCUAUCAAUUAAAAACAUGAUUGGAAAUGAUAGCUCCUUGCUUCACUCUCCAAAUUCUCAUAUUCCUCAACAACUUAUGAGAAAGGUGCCUCAGCAUGUCAUUACCAGGGAGUUUCUUCAGCAACACUGCCGCCAAAACGGUCUUUACAUGACCCCUCAUCUGAACGACGUCCUCUACCUUCACCACAAAGGAUUCUCUCAAAUAUGCAAUUUGGAGCAAUAUACUGGCUUGAAGACACUCUGGCUAGAAAACAACUCCAUCAAAAACAUCGAGAACUUGGGGCACUUGACUCAACUGAGGUGCUUGUUCCUUCAGAACAACAAGAUUGACCAAAUUGCCAACCUCGAUCAACUUCAACUUCUUUCCAACUUGAACUUGGACGCAAAUUCUAUCUCAAAAGUAGAGAAUCUGAACUGCCUUCCCAAUCUUCACACCCUUAGUUUGUCUCGUAAUAAAUUGCGGUUUGCUCAAGAUAUCGAUGAGCUUAAAUUUUGCGCUGAAUUGUCCGUGCUCGAUUUGUCUUACAACGCCUUAGAGGACCAUGGUGUUCUGGAGAUUCUCAGUGAGAUGAAGAGCUUGAAAGUGCUCUCCAUGAUGGGAAAUCCCAUCGUGAGUAAAACUAAAGAUUACAGACGAACAAUGAUUUAUCAAUGCAAGAGUCUGACCUACUUGGAUCAACGGCCAAUCCGUGAUCAAGAUCGAUUGCUUGUGGAGGCCUGGAAAUCGGGAGGUUUGGAAGCAGAAAGAGCUCUUAAAGAACAAUUUGUGGCCAAGGAACAUGAACGAAUGCAUCAAAGUGUCCUUAACUUGAUGAGGAUAAGAAAUGCGAAUCUAGCCAAGCGAGGGAUCGAUUCCAGUGACGAAGCCCAAUUGAAGGCUGUGGAAGAUCGAGGUCGACAAAUCCUCGAGGAAGUGAAGAAGAACCUCACGGGAUCGGAAAUGGAAAGUCGGGACAACACUCUCCUGGAUCCUCUUCUUCAAUCCAUCAACUUGUGCAUGGAACAUGAGGAACAAGGUCUUCCUUUACUACCAGAUCCAGACGUCCUUAGGGACGCCAUGAAGCAUUCAUCCGGACCAAUCCGCCAGUACAUGGAAAACAAGGGCAGGAGUGCCACAGAAGAACUUGUCCAAAGCGAGCCAGAGCCCACUCAAGACCAAAUAUUGUUGAGUUCUCUCCAUGAUUUUGCCCAAAUAGAGUAUCCAUUGGUUGAAAAGGAAACUGGUUCAUUGGAAACGAUGGAUCCAACGAUAGCUGAGGAAGGACCUUAUCUUGAGAUUGAGGCAAAUUGUUCGGAUAGUGAUGCUCUCAAAAUGGAUCAAGAGGCUGUAACAAUGGAACAAGUUGCAAAGGGAAUGAGCUUGGAGGAACAAUUGGAUGUGAUUCAAUUGGAAUCUCUGGACCCUAAUCAAGCUCUCGAGGGGAGAUGUCCCAUCACAGGAGUAAAGAAAUUUUUGGACGAGGUGACGACUCUUGACAUAACUGAAACGAAGAGUGUGGAAAAAGUAACCAUCGAUAUCGUGCAAGAAAUUCAACGAUUAGAUCCAGGCAAUAUUUCCGGGAAACGUCACGAAGAGACAAUUACAUCCUCACCUAAAUCACAUGAGGAAAGACGUGAGGCCAUCAACCGUCUCAUUGGAGAGCUGUCCAAGUCAUGUCCAAGUCCUCCGAAGCAGUCUCAAUCGUUCACUGAAGAGUUAGAUUAACAAAACCGCUCAAGAAAUAUGCUUUGUCAAUGUAGCCUCAAACUCACUAAUAGGUCCUAAGUUACAUGGCAGUUAGCUAUCUGUGCAUAUUCAAGAGCAAUCAAUGAGACAAAUUGCUAAUAAAAAUGGACUAGUUUUGAAAAAAGGCGAGAUAUUGAAUAAAAGAAGUUCAA